AUGGCAUUUGGCGAUCCCCAACAAAACCAAGAUUCGGCGCACCAGCAGGGGAUGCUAAGGGCAGGGGACAGAAUGUCUCCUUUCGCGGUUGCCGUAAUAACCUGCCCAGCGCCCCCCUAUGAGAUGCAACACCUGCAGCAGCCUGUGCAGCAACAACAUGUGCACGGCCAACACUCACCGCUGCCACCUUCCCCAAAGCCGAUGCAGCAGUUGCAGAUCCCUUCCCAACAGGCUCCGUCUCAGCGCAACCUGCUGAGGGAAGAGGCGGGGGAGAUGGGUAGCAAAGGGGCCCUAGAGAGUUUCAGCCCGACCUUUGCGACGGAGCUACUCGCGGACAUUGAACUAGAUGGAGAGGCAGGCACUCCAACUGCUGCCGCCGCUGCUGCUGUUGCUGCGUCAGCAGCAGGCGCCAGCUCACUGCCCCACAUAGACGUCCCCGUGCAGCUGCCUAGUGCAGCUAAGACCUAA